GAGGCCUGGUUACGACGUUGCUUCGGAGACCAAAACAGUUGACUUUUUAUAUUUUCGACCUUUACGAUGUAAAAAAAAAUUGCUGUUAUUAAUUUCUUAUGAGUACUUGUAAACUGUAAACAGCCCGAUCUUAUGAUAAAAUGACUUAACCUGUCUGAGGGCGAUACAAAGAAGCGAGACCCUGUGUUUUCAGUUGCUAAGGCAUGGAAAGAUUGAAAGCUCCUACCUCGUCAUCUUCAUCAAGCGACGAUGAAUUUGACAACCACCCUGGUGUUAAACCCGUGAAAAGACCAAUGUCAACGGGAUCGGACUAUUCUCCUCUUUACGAGGCAGCCGAGAAAGGAGACGUUGAGACGCUCUCCCGGCUUAUUCACUCAGGAAAUGUGAAUUUGAACGGGAAGUCAGGUGGGCAUGGAGUGCUUCGUACAGCCCUCCACGGGGCGGCCGGCUACGGUCAGUACCAAGCGACUAGCCUAUUACUCAAGGCAGGAGCUGAUCCACAUUGCCAGAGUGACUCUGGGAGGACUCCCCUGCAUGAGGCUUGUGCAGGGGGUCAUGUGGAUGUUGUGCAAGUUCUUUUGAAAUACAUGACUGACACAGAUGCCGUGGAUUGCCACAAGCAGACAGCUGCCCAUGCCGCUGCUUUUCAUGGGGAAGUAGAUUGUCUCAGGCUUCUGAUUGGUUGCGGCACUGACAUGGAUAUUACUGAUAAGGAUGGCUAUACGGUUGCACAUCUGGCAGCUAUCAGGAACCACCCAGGGAUUAUCAGAUGUCUGAUUGAAGAAGAUGCUGACCUCAACAGCCUAGACAGAGAGAGGCGGACACCAGCACAUCUUGCUGCCAUGUCUGGAGGCCUUGAAACACUCAAAGUGCUGGCUCAUAAUGACCUUGAUGUCAACACUAAGGAUGUUGAUGGAUGUGUGCCUGCGCACUGUGCCGCAUUGCAUGGUCAUUUGCCCUGUAUGCAGUUUCUUGUUAUGGCUGGGCUGACAAAGCUAGAAGUCAGGGACAGAACUGGAAGGGGUCUAUUGCACAUGGCUGCAAUACGGGGUUCUACAGACUGUCUACAUUGGUUGCUUGAGCGAAAUGUGAAUCCAAAUAUGCGAGAUGGUUCUGCAAUCACCCCGUCACACUAUGCCGCCAGUGGAGGUUAUGCAGAGUGCAUUGCGUGCCUUCUCAAACAUGAAGCAGAGAUUGAUGCACCUACACCACAAGGAUUGACUCCACUAGUAUUUGCCAAGAAAGCUGGCAAAGCCAUCCCAUUUGAAGAUGCUGUAACAGGCAAGACACUUUGCCCCUUUUGUGUUGCUAAACAACAGCAAAUAGAGUAUGAUCUUGCGCAUGAGCCGACGCCUGUUGAGAAGAGUAUAGCUGAUGCAGAGUCUGUCAUCUUUACUCCUACCCAAGUUACUGCACCAUCCCCUGAAAAUAUAAACACGACCACCAGCAGCCGAAUCGUGUCUGCUUCAGCUGGGUCCACUAGCAGCAAGAAACUCUCUAAAUCUUCAAGCAACUUAAAGCAGAAGUCCGAGUUGCCGAAGCGGGAUCUGGCCGCGAAGUAUUUUGGUGAACAUCUGUUCUCCCUACCAGAGGCGUUAAGAACCCAGUCCCCAGGAAAAAAUACCACUAAAAUCAGGGGUGUAAAAAAGGCCCGAUGACAUCAAAUUGCUAAAACGUCGAGAUACCAAAUGAUAAACCCUUUUUGGUUGGGGUGAAAAACUAAACAAAAUCCCGCAAAGUAGAUGGAGGUACUCCUCCAAGCUCAGAAUGGAGAAGCCGAGUUAAAUAUCAACAGGGAUUUCUCGAGGCAUAAGUUUCUUAGUGCAGGCAAUUCAAGGAGUGUUGUAAUUUUUUAGAAUUUUAAGAAAAGUCUGGUGCGUUUGCAUUGUUUAACAAAUGCAUUUUUGUAAAAACAUAGUCUCCCGCGCAGCCGUUCUUUGUGUCGGUCACGCAACGCUCCCAUUAGUAUAGCCACUGUAGUCUUUUUAACUAUCUUAUACAAAAAUCUGCAUUAGUAGCGAGGGCCUGUAUACCGAGAAUCGUCAUCGCCAUUUCGCGCGCUUUUGUUUCCAAGCACUUGUAAGUUCAAGCAAAUCAACCGAGUAAAUAACUGUAGAAUCACUGUAUUUAGCUGGUGCACCCACAAGACUUAAGGGCGUGCCGAGGGGAAGGACCCAACCCAGGCCUCCGGCCCCUUCUAGCAGCAAAAAUACAUAAAUGGCCUCUUCGGCCAAUCCU